AUGUCCAACAACCCCAAGAAACCAACCACUCCCGCCCCCAAGAACAUCCCCCCCGGAUAUCCCAAAAUCGUAUUCAUGCCUCCAACUCCCCCAACCACUCUCAACCUCCUCCAAGAUGCCCAACUCUGCGAACUCCUAGAGUGGCGUAUUCAAGAAACAGCAACAAACUUCUACGGCCCUCCCGCCGCUGGCUACGCCUACACCGUCGUUAUCACACACCGCUUUCAUCCCGACGGCUUGGCCCACGUGUCCACUGCACGCCUCCUUAACCAGCGCAGAACUGCUCCAUCCCCAAGUGGCGCGAGGGGUGACGAUGACUAUGAGAUUGAGGUACUUGCGCGGGCGCAAGGCACACCCAGGAUCGCGCGGUGGUUGAGGCGAUCGGAGGCGAUGGAGGCACUGCUGCUGUGUUUGGAGAGGGAGUUUGCGAUGAAGUUCGGUGGUAGCAAGGGUUGGGCUGGUCCUGCCAAGCCGGAGAAAGGCAAGGUAGCGGGUAGAGUUCCGAAUGCGGGGAUUCAGAAUUUGAGGGAGACGGUUGAGGGUGUGGAGGGAGCGAUGAAGGAUAUCAAGGAGGCUCUUGAAGAUUUGAAUGUGGCGGCUGGGGAUAUGAAAGAGGUGCUUCAGGAGGUAACGGCGGUGCGUGAGAAGAAGGGGAAGGGGAAAGCAGAGGUUGCUUCUGAGGGAAAAGGGAAGGCUAAGGCUGGGAACGAAGAAAAGCCGAAGCCUGCAGACUCGCAGUAGUCCAAAGAGGUGAAGAGAGUGGUGUUUGAGGUGUGCAGGUUCCCGGUUCUUUGAGUGUUGUCGAGGUAGCUUCUGGUAGAAUUACACUAAACUAUUAAUUACGGUACAUACACAUGUGAAUAUAAU